CCAGGUCUCCUCUGAGCGCAGUCUCCCCUUCCCGCUCUCCCUCCUCUCUGCCACGGCAUAACCUCCAUCCACACCUCUAUGUCGUGAACGUCGCCAGUUCUCCGGUGCGUCCCCCUCGCAGCAGCAACUCAGCUGCCUGCUCCGCCUCCUCCAAAUCAGUCGUUCCGAACGCCGACUCCAGCUGUACCUGUUAUCAGUCCGACUCCAGAGAAACACACUCCUUUUUCUUUCCUUCCUCUUAUGCGUCCGGCCGUACAGUCCAACGCUCCAAGCAGGCCGUGGUGGUCGCGCUCAAAGUCCUCCAAGGAUCCCCUUCACCCCAGUCGUGCACCCUCGGGCCUCGGUGACGAAGAUGAGAAGUACCCGUCGACUACGUCCAGCACUUCUUCAAAACCAAAAGAUGCGAUCCCGGCCCUCAAGUUCAACACUCUCGCUUCCGCAAUCGGCUUCAAGUCCAAGAAGCUUCCCUCCCUGACGAUCCAAGAUCCCCCGUCCCCUUUACCUCCCUCUCACUACGCCAAGUCGCGUCCCGGGUCCGGGAACAGCGGGGUCGCUUCCCCGGCCCCUGUGGACCGCGCACCUUUCUACACCAACCGGCCUCCAGCCAAGUCUGUCUCGACGGUGCGGUCCUCAGAGUACGAUUUUGAUGCCGCUUCAGAGCCACAUUCGGAGCCCCGCACGCCGUCCGAUCACCCUCGAGAUAGGUUCUCCUACCAACACUCUGUGAUGACCUUCUCCGAGGUCGACCCCUUCGCUUCGGGUGGAAUAAUCAUGCAUCCUAUGCCGCAGGACCCCAACAGACUAUCCGUGUACUCUGACUCCUCCAUGCUCGAUCCACAGCAUAAGCGGCCAGAUAUACCCCCGCCAAUGACCAACCGAGUCUCAUACGGAUCGUCCUCGUCCAAUUCCCAUGGCAAUUAUUCCGACUCACAGGUCUUAUCUCCGCUGUCCACAAGCUCGUUUGCACGGUCGCCCACGGCUAGUCGUUCUGCCCAUGAUCUCACGCAGACCAACGAUCAGUAUUAUGCCAAUGGGCCGGCGAGCCCUCCUCUGCAAGCACAUCGGACACGUCGGACGAAGACGCCCUCUGGAUCAAAUUCUUCGAAUUCGACUGUCACGCAGAAUGACUUCAGAAGCCGAUUGAGGGAGCCUCCAAGCGGCGUCGGAAUGCACAUAGCUCGCAAGCGGUCUAGUCCCGCCCUCGGUCGGCCUAGAGGAGCGACCGUCGGUGCUAUAGAUUAUCCACCGAGCCAUCCCCCCGCGAUUCCCAAUUUAGGUCAGCCGACUCCUCCGCUACAGCCCCGUCGCAAGGAGUCAGGUUCAUCCUCCCCGUCAUCCUCCAACACCCCUUCUCCAUCACCGGUAGUGUUCAGUCGCCAGCGCACUACGUCUACGACCUCGAAUUUCCCCGUCUCUCCUAGCUCUCCACGACCGCCGCUAUCUCGGAAAGCAUCCUCCUCUCGGCUCCCUGCGUCUCCUGCCCCUGCGCCACCUACAAGCGGCCUCCCGCCUACCCCAUCUCACCAUCCACCUCUGCCGUCAUCUCCUUAUGGUCUCUCUCCCUUAGAAUUCAGGGCGUCAUCGAGUUCAUCGAGCCUGAAUUUUGCACCUAGUGUAGACCUUCAUGAUCUGGAUGACGAUGAUCCUAUCUCUCAGCUGCUGAAUGGCCAUUACGACCUGGGUCCAUUUGAGGCAACGGUUCGCGAACCACCGAAGGGGAAGGCUCGAAAGAACCGGAAUACGUAUAUCCUCGACGGAGAUCUGAGUCCCAUAGCCGGGGACGUCGACACGAGUUUGCCUUCUCCACUGAGCAAAUUCCCCCCGGUUCCCACCGCCAUUCACGGCGAUAUCUCACCCAAGGCUGCGAAGCUACUGAAGAAGAUGUCGUCACAGCAGAACUUUUCUCAGAGACAUUCGGCGACGAGCCUAAAUUCUACUGUGUCCGGCCCUCCCGACGAUGUGAACAGUCACGGCAGCGGUCACGCCUCAGCCCAUGCAGCCAAGACUCCGCGUAAACAGCGGUCCUUCCAUACACCUCGUGGCAUUCCCCGACCGUUCCCUGGCUUGCGCUCGUCUAGCAACCACCCCUCUGCGAGUGCCGACCCUCUUCCUACCCCCUCCUCUCCGAUUGUGGAACCACGUCGAGGUAACGUCGCAAGCCCGAGGAAACGGCUUUUCUCUGGGUCCAGCACACGGAGAAGCACAUCUUCGCACGGUCCUGCGGUCCCUGCUGACGUGGACGACAAGCGUUCUGUCUUCAGCUUCGAGAGCGACACGCGACCGUCGUCGUCUUCUGGUGUGGAGGCCAUCACGAUGUCCUUUGGUACGGCGGGUGGUGGGCUAUCGUUCAUGACGCGGAACGCCUGCAUAUCCCCUUCGUCGAUAUGGGAGGACGGGAGCCAGUCGCGAGGUAGCGAGGACAAGAGGCUGUCGCAGACGGAGUAUGUUCCACAGUACAUCAUGUCGCCAGCCGAGCAGAUCAAGCUCGCGGAGAAGCUGGAGGACGAGGAGCCAGACACGUCCGUACGUGCAGUGCCAGAACCUGAGCCGGAGUAUUCGGGCCGGAAGCCAAUGCUCGAUUUGCACCCGGGCGAUUUUGGUUUGACGUACAGCCCUCUGCCGGGUGCAUCCCGAUCGCGCUCGAACUCUGUGCUCUCGAGCCAGUCCACCGGCACUCUGGCGUUCGGCGACAAGGUUGGCCUCAACAGGGGACCGUCCAUCCUCUCUUCCAAGACGUCGAUCAGUUCCAGGCCGUCGCCGACCAAGCCGUCUCCCCAGAAGGCCGCGCUCAUGGAUCUUGUGCGCGGCGGUCCGACGCGAGCUGCCUCCGUGCUCACCAAGCCCCUCAACAAGCCGCCUCCCCUGAGCACCCGCCCGUCGACCUCGCAAGGCCCGCUGUCCACUCCCCCGGCUUCGCCCGCGGGCUUCACGUCGGCCACGCACUCCCCGGAGAUACCGGCGGCGAGUCUCCCGCCACCGCCUCGGCGCCGUCCUUCGCGAUACGAUCUGAACGAGGUCGAGCAAACAACGUCCCAUCGCGCGAGCGUCGUUCCUAUGAACCCGCUUUCGCCACCGCCCAUGCGUCCCAUGAAGUCGCGGCGCCAGGAGUCUACUGAUACCACGACGACGGUGGGCUCGCGCCCCCCGAGUUCGUUCGAUCGGCAGAAGAACAUCGCGCGGAGGUCGCUCAUGAAGAAGCCUUCCUUCCUUGACAUCGAGGACGAGUUCGACCUGUCGGCCGAGAACGGCUCCGACAAGGAGGUCGAGUCUGCUCCCGAGUCGCCCACGAUGGAGGACAGCUUCCUGGACAUGGACCGCGGGAAGAGCUCGUUCGAUACCGUCCGGAGCAUGGACAGUGCCUUCUAUGUGUAACAUAGCUCUUGCACCCUGUGCUUGGCCUCUUGCUCGCCUCCCGCCGUCGCUCUUGGAUGCCGCCGGAGGCCGCCCACUCGUUCGCUUUCCUUGUCAUUCAUCCCCUUCCCUUCGUUUCUAUCUAUAUCUCUUUAUUCCCUACCAUACACCUCACACCACCUCUGCUUCGUGGUACCCUUUUGCACAUAGUCUACGCUCUGCUGCAAUUUUUUGCUGGUACCGCCGUAAUUACUAGAACAUCUCGUCUCCGCACAAUUGCUGGCCAUCGUCAUAUACUCAUGCAUAUGCACCCCUGCUGUUGUCUGCUGUUGUUGCUCGGGCUCAUGGUUUCUCACUCAUGCCUGCGCGACUGUACUACUUACAUACCACUCGCGCCGGCUGUC